AUGACCAAUCCAUGUCGAUGCAACUCAAAAAGCCACAUCAAAACAGCUUGCCAAAACUGCCCUUUGAGCUGGAGAAGCAUGCCCAAUAACAAGGAAAAACCUUCAACAUGUAUAUUUAAGUGUCAGAUCUCAAAAUGCAGCAGGGAAAACACCGACCAGUCUGUGCUGAGAUUGAAUCUCAAGGGUUCCACUGAUCUUCUGGAUCAUUCAAUUGGACAUCAAAAAACCUUUCAGGGGCAAUUACACAGAAGUUUGCUACUCGAACAACAGUUAGACAUUGCCUCAAUUUCAGAUGUGUUGUAUGAAUGGGUAAGCUAUGCUUGCUCCUUUGAGACACAAACCGGCAGAGAUGAGAGAUUUGCUGCUCAGAGACGAUGCAAAUGCAAAGGAGUUCAAGGAACAUACUAUGACUUACAAUCCAGCAUUGAGCUUUACCUCCAGAAAUUUGAUCUGGAGAGGAGACACAUGCCAAUGAGGAGCAUGAUGCUUAUGAGUGAAAAGAAGCAUUUUUUUUGCCCGACUCUGACAUGUCAUAGCCUUCCUUUAUUAUUAGAAACCACAUAUCGCCCAACAGUGUUGGAUGUUACAUCAAAUAGAUUUAUCGCAUCGUAUAUCAGUUCCAAAGAGAAAUGGAUACAAGUCGAACAGAUGCCAGGAUCAGUAGGAUUUCGUUAUGGAGGAUGCAUUUGUGUAAAACUCGAUAAAGACAGGUAUGUGCAGGUAGAUGCAUUGGACUUUUCCAGAGCAACUGUAGGAUAUGAACCAGGAGAUCAAGUACGUCUUUGGAUAUUUCUUGGAAUUUAUCUUGAUAGGUCUGAGGUGAAAAAAAAAAUUAUUAGAGUUACCAAUGAGAUCCAGAAUGAAGUGUUCAGUGAAAGAUAUAUUAUUGAUGGGAGAAUCCUUAAAGUUGUCUGUACCAAGUGUAUUCUCCUUCGGCUUUUAAGCAUGAUCUCCUUUGCCUACGAUCUACAGUCAAAGAGAGAUAACUUGCAAAGGUUGGAUGACGGUGAAACCAGUGACAAGGAAAAGGCCUCUGAAUUUUGGAAGUAUGACAGUUGUUGCAACAUAAAAGGUCGAAUAAAGGAGAGAAAAAAUUUGGUUCAAACAAUAUUUGAUGUUGGAGGAUGGGAUCAAGUACUUACAAUCCACCGACUGAAGAUCAUUCAUUAUAACAUCUUGGAACAAAGUGAAAUCAUGAAUGGCAAGGAUACACACGAAAUGCAUAAAAAAUUGAUAAAUGUUCGAUCUGUUUUGGGGAAUAGAAAGGAUAUUUCAUUACUCCACGAUAAUGCCCAACCACACGUUGCAAAGGAAGUUAAAAAAGCUUCUGUUACGCAUUAA